AUGCCUACUUUGACUUUCCAAGAUCUAGAUCAUUUUGAUCUUGACUAUUUUCAUAACAAGUAUAAUGAUCAUUAUGGUACAAUGAUUAGAGAAGUGCAAUCUAUACAACUUAAAGUGAUGUUAUUUGCAUUUAAUUCAUCUGAAUAUAAUAUCGCUAAAUUUUUUCACUACUUUAAAACUCCUACUCAACCUACUAUUGUCUGUUGUUAUUGUCAAAAAUUCCAUAUUCUCUUUACCUCCAGUAACCUUAACAUCUCAUUCAGACAAGCAACUCCUUCUUCUUCUUCUCAAAAAUCCAUGUAUAUAGAUAUUGAUAUUACACCUAAACAAGUCAAACAACUUAAAGAAAUUAUUCCUCAAUCACCAAUUGCAAAAACAACUACUAUUUCCACAUUAUUAUUCCCUUUAAACUAUUCUAUAACUCAAUAA